AUGGCUAAGAGAUUUUCCUCUAUUGUGUCAUACAAAGAUUUGAUCAAACACCUCCAAACAACAACUUCUAAAGCUGCUAUAGUUAGUAGCUAUAGAUUAAUGUGCUUCUCAAAUGCAAAAGCUCAUGUGCAUACUCAAGGUGGUGAUUCAUUUGUAGGAGUAGCAGCAACAGAAGGUGCAGUGAAAGCAACAGAGGUGCUGGGAAGUGUGGGAGAAAAGGCUAAGGAGACAGUGGACACUGCUAAGGAUGCAGCAAAGAAGACUGUAGAAUUGGUCACUGAGACAACCAUGGCAGAGGCUGAUACCAACGUUGUGGACACAGUUGAGUACAGAUGUUCCGAAGAUAUGAGGGGGCAACUUGGAGAUGGUUACGAUAGUUAUAAUUAA